UCCGCAGCUUGUUAUCUGCACAAGACAUCAUACAUUUGUCAACGAAGGCUGUGGCACAAGUUUCAUGCUCGUCGUCACUAAACGCCACCGCUUAGUGAGACUUUUGAACCCUUCUUCUUCUUCUUCUUCUUCUUCAUCUCAUCAUGACCUUCUCUCGGCAAUCAAACAUCUGAUUCUGUGGUGUUCUGACCCCUUUCGGAUUGUGAUUAGGAUUUAUUUUCUGGGUCCGGUCGAACAUGGCCGGCAAGGACGGCGAUUCGAAGAAAUUGCUCUUCUACUCUCGGAUGGGCAAGAAAAGAGUUUCUGUUCGGGAAAAAAGUUCGAAUUUGAAUCUGGAGCAAAGUGGGGCUGGGGGUGGAGAUUCCUCCAAGAAGCAGGGCGUGAGGAGAAAUAGGGUUUGUGAUUCAGUUGGGGACAUGGAAAUUGAGGGUGAAGAAGGUGGAGGAAUUCAGAAUCAGGUUAUGGGCACGAUCUUGGAAGAAAAUAGGGUUUUGGGUGGGUGUAGUUAUGCGCAGGAGAGUGAACGAGUCGCGGCUGAAGAUGAUGCAGAAGGGGAGAAAAGGAGUUUUGAUUUUGAUUUUCCGAUGCUAGAAGUAGCGGGCCAGGGUGAUUGUGAAAGAGAGUUGGACGAUUCUUUCAAGACAGGUAGUAGGGAUUAUAUGAGGAUGGUAGAAAUGUGUGCUCCUGAUUCUAGUACUGAUGAAGGAGAGGAAAGGGAGAAAAGAAUGAGCCUUGAUUUUUAUUUUCCAGUACUGGAAGUAGCCAGCGAGGGUCAUCGUGAAAGAGAGUUGGAUGAUGAUAUCAAACAAGGUAGUAUGGAUUAUACAAGGGUGGAAGUAAUAAGUGUUUCUUCUUCUGAUACUGAUGAAGGAGAGGACUGGGCCAAGCAAUUAGUUAUGGAAAAUGAUGUUAGAGGAGACAAUCUCAAUUUGGGGAGAAAAGGGUUAGGCUUUUCAAGGGGUCAAACUAAACUUAGGUCAACGAGUGUAGAAGAGGGCAAAGGAAUUGCAGAUGAUUCUUUACAUUGGGAAGGGAUCAGUUCAGAGCCAGUGAGUAUAAGCAUCGAGGUUGAAGAUGGAGAUGAGGAAGAUUUGUUUUCUGGGUUACAAAAAUUGGCAAAGGCUUCUGAACAUAUGGUAGAAAUUUUUGCAGAAGAAUACAAAAGGAAUGAGGCAAUGAGCUUAGCAAAGUUUCGGGCACAGCAAAGAAGGGAGAAUAAGGCAAGACAUUCUGAAUGGAUCAAAUCAGAAGUUCCUAUGUUUCUAUCUUACGUUGAGGAAAGAGAGUCUCAGGAGUCUUCUGAGCUAGAAGAUAAAAUGAAAUUAGAAAAAGAAUCGGAGGAGUCGUCUGAAGAUGAAUGUCCCUUUUUUUCUGCAAUGAGGAUGAUCAAAGAGCGAAAUGUGAGACAGGGUGCACAACGUAAUUCAGUGCCUGGUGCUGCCGGUACAACACCACUGAUCCAAUGGACACCCUCCUAUAAAUGGGAUUCUAACAUUUCAAUGCCAAUUGUUCCUUCUUUGAGAGAUCUAUGCAUUAAUCUUCUUGCUAAGAAUGCUGAGGCAAUUGUAUCACUUGAUAGCGUCCCAGAUUCAAUUAAGCACAAAUUGAGUAAUUUGCUCUGUGAUUCCCGUAGACUGGAUGCCCAAUUUAUGGAACUCCUUGUGAAGGGGUCUCCAACUCAGAUAUGUGUAAAAAACUGCUCAUGCAUAACAGAAGAACAGCUCAUUCAAACCUUUGAGCAUUUCGAUACAAAGAACCUAAUGGUGCUACAACUUGACUUGUGUGGGCGAAGUAUGACUGAUCAUACAUUAUGCAAGAUGUUAACUCAAUGUUCUAAUAGCUUGCCUGUAUUAGCUGCCAUAUCUCUAAGGGGUGCAUUUCAUCUAUCAGAUGUGGGGCUAAAUGCGCUUCUUGUGUCAGCACCCGCACUUCAGUCUAUAAAUUUGGGCAUGUGCUCCCUUCUCACCCACAAUGGCAUCAUCACGCUCUCCAAUUCUUUCGGACCUAUAUUGAGGGAGAUAUAUAUUGAUGACUGCCACAACAUAGAUGCCAUGCUAAUUUUACCUGCACUAAAGAAAGUUAAACAAUUGGAAGUGUUAUCAGUGGCAGGCAUUCAAACUGUUUCUGAUGAUUUUAUCCGCGAUUUAUUAACCGUACAUGGUCCAAAUAUGAAGGAGCUUGUUUUGGCUAGGUGCAGGAAUUUGACUGAUAUUUCUCUGAAAUGCAUUGGAAAAUUUUGUUCCAGAUUAUGUGUCCUUGACCUUUCUCACUUGAACAGCUUGACAAAUUUAGCAAUAAAAUAUCUUGCCAAUGGUUGCCGAUCCAUUGAAAAUCUCAAACUCCAAGGCAGUGAUUUCAGUGAUGAAGCUAUUUCUGCAUUCUUGGAAGCCUCAGGAGGAUCUUUGAGAGUACUUUCACUGAACUGCAUUAUUGAGGUUGGUGCCAACACUGCCAUGUCCCUUGCCAGAAAUUCAAGGAAUUUGUUAAGUUUGGAUCUAUCUUGGUGUCGCAAUUUAACAGAUGAUGCAGUUGGACUUAUUGUUGACAGCUGCUUGUCGCUGAAGCUGCUCAAACUCUUUGGGUGUACGCAGCAUUUUUACUCUUUUUCCUGUCAGUUGUUUGUGUCAGAUGUAGACACACAUCCAUCAGUCUCUUGUACUUCCGUGAGAGGUGAAGCUUUGCAUAGUAUUUAUUCCAAUGCUUGUCCAGCAAUGUGUUCUUAUUACAGAUACAUUUUUGACUGGUCACUCAAACCCCCUUGUGCGGAUCAUCGGGUUAAAAAUGAUGCCUGUUUUAGAAACCCUCGACGUAUUAGAACCUCAGGAAACACCACUGCGUUAUUCUCCAGUAAUUUCACACUGAUGUUUGCCACCAGUUUUCUCAUGUUUGGAUUGCCCAGACAUUCAACAAUUCAUGGAAGCGCAUGUUUGCCAUUUUUUUUUUCUCUUAACACUUAAACGCAUAGAAACUGAAACAUCAUCCACCCUCUCUUCUGAGAAAAAAAAAAAAGGGGGGGGGGGGGGGGAAUAGAGAAUCCAGUUCAUGUGUAUCUGAGGCAGAAUAAAAAGAGAUGAUACUUUCACAUCUGUCCCUGAUACAUUUUUCUUGUUGGGAGAAGUGAACAAGGUUUCCUUUUGGUACAAGAUCCAGCUCAACUUUCUUCUUCUUCUUCUUCUUUGGCUUUUGUACAUAUAUUUGCAGAGUACUGAUGUAAAAUUUGCUUGACGCUUCUGAAAAUUGUAUAGAAUGCAUGGAAGGUUGGAUCUUUGAAUAAUAGAUCAAAGAAAUGAAAAAUUAUACA